GUGCCUCUGGGAGAGUCUCCGGUGCAGAGCGGCACAGAACUGGCCAGCAAGCGUUAAGCGGAUCUAGUGGGCUCCUUCCAACACAGUGUUUGAGGAGUAACCUUGACAAUCCGAGAGCAACAGUCUGCUGUAUCUGAUUUACAAUGAAUGUCAAAUCUGCUAUCAGCAAAGAAGUUUUUGCCCCACAUGAUGAACGGAUGCUGGGAGCCGUCCAAGUGAAAAGAAGAACAAAAAAAAAGAUACCUUUCCUAGCUACUGGGGGUCAGGGUGAAUAUUUAACAUACAUCUGCUUGUCAGUGACAAACAAGAAACCAGCCCAAGCCUCUAUCACGAAGGUGAAGCAAUUUGAAGGCUCUACCUCUUUUGUCAGGAGAACGCAGUGGAUGCUUGAACAGCUUCGCCAGGUCAACGGGAUAGACCCUAACCGGGAUUCCCCAGAAUUUGAUCUACUAUUUGAAAAUGCUUUUGACCAGUGGGUGGCAAGCACAGCAUCAGAAAAGUGCACAUUCUUUCAGGUUCUACAUCACACUUGUCAGCGAUACCUUACAGACAAGAAACCAGAAUUUAUCAACUGCCAAUCUAAAAUUAUGGGAGGAAAUAGCAUACUCCAUUCAGCAGCAGACAGUGUGACAAGUGCAGUACAGAAGGCAAGCCAGGCUUUGAAUGAGCGUGGUGAAAGGCUAGGUCGAGCAGAAGAAAAGACAGAGGAGCUGAAAAACAGUGCUCAGCAGUUCGCAGAAACUGCACACAAGCUUGCCAUGAAGCACAAAUGCUGAGACACUGCCCAAAGUUGAAAUCUUCCCAGGAGAAACUGGAAAAGCUCUAUUCAGCAGUUCUUGCAGGAGAUCCAGACUACUGCGUGCUUUAGUUCUUCCAGUUCAGUGGAGAUGCAUUUUCAGUUUCUGUGCAGGAAAAAGUGUUGCAUUUCUACCUUUUUUGACUUACUUUUUUUUGUUCCUCUUUUUGUAAUAUUGCCACACAGUCCUGCAGUACUUUCUUACCUGUAUUUCAGUUGUUACAGGAGUGAAAGCAAACAGGGAAAACUGGACCAAAUGCCAAGCUGAUCAGGAUUAAAACAGUAAUAAUAUUCCCCAUUUGUACAAAAAAAAUAUUUAACUGGUAUGUGUGGAGAUAAAACCCAAGCAAGGGGUAUAUUUCAUUUUUCAUAUCAUCAGCAGAAUGUGAAUAUGGGAAUUAAUUGCCUGGAGGUUGUAACUGUAGUGAUUGAACAGCUCUAACCUGGGCAACAGGAAACUUGCUUCUGCUGUGCAGUGUGAGAAGUUUGGCAUGUGCCAGCACCAGCAUUCAGAAGUGCAUGUCUGGAUUUCAUACAGAAAUCUGUUAUUAGAGUUGCAUUUUGAGUAUUUCUGUUUUCCCUCAUGGAUUGGUUGUUUGGGUAGCAUAACAAAACCCACAGAAUAUAUGCUGGAGGUUCCAAAAUUGAGGACAAAAAAAGUCAUUUUUACAUCUGUACACACAGAGCUGCUCGUCAAACAGUCUGGUAUUUAGCAAUCUGUUAGAAAAUUAACAUUUCACUUUCUUUUUUCUACCUGUGAUUCUGUAGCUAACUGUUAAAUAAGGAUGCAACGACUUGGGAGAAUAGAAGUGCACCAUUUCCCAAAUAAUCUGCUUUUCCUGAACCCCACGGUAGGAGUAUUGGGGAACAGAUAAGAAAUUUGGCCUGUUAGAGUGACUUUUAUGUUAGCUAGAGUUUGAUUUUUUAACUUUUAUGUUUAAACAGGGGUUUUCAACAAGCAUGUCUUAGUAUAUUAGAAUCCUAACUCCUAUUUUGGGUCUCAGUUUUCAGUCUAUAUUGUCACUUGACGAUUGACUCCCAACUUCAGUCUCUAUUCAUUGUAUGCAAUACGUGCACUAUAUUCUCCUACAAUAAUAAGUAGGUUUCUCUUCCUCACAGCUGUUGGCUUCACAUUUUUAAGAUGCUCUAAUAAACUACUAAAAGGAAAAGAGAAAGGGGGAGGAAAAGGGGGAAGCUGCAUUAUUUUCUGUACUAUUUUUUUGUUGUUAGUUGUUGGUUCGUUGUUUUUUUUACCAGUGAGCUGGAAACAGAAAUUCUAGCAGAAAUUUCAGCCUUGAUCUUCUGAAGAUGUCUGCUCUUCGUUUGUAUCCUCAUCUAACCAGUGAGCCAGCAAGCUGGCGUUACAUGAAUGUACUGUAGUCUUCAUUUUCAAUGUAGAAUAAGAUUUUUGCAUUAUUAACGACACUUUAAACAGUCUAAAAUCCUCAGAGCGGUGUUUGUAAGGGAGAUAAAUGCUUCUGUAGUAAUUGAGACUCUUGUUUUAGUUCCUGCAAGCUGAAGUAAGUGAAAACCUCUUGGAAAUACCCAAAGAUGCUUGGCUUUAGGAAAAUAAUUCUCCUUUGAAGGAUGACUGUGCAGUGAAGUGAUUCUAUUCAAACUUGACAUCUGUUUGUUGUCCCUGUAAUUUAAACCCUUUUGUACAAAGCUUUGUAUUUCAUUUCACAGUGGGAAUGGAGGGAGGGUAAAUUUGUCAUCUGUGUAGCAUAGUAGAAUCAUUUAGAUCUAUUUAGCGUCACCCCUACCAGUUAUUAUAUCAACUGAAAGGGAGUUUGGCCACGUCUGUUCUGAGUCGGAACAGGCUCAUUAACGCCAUGGCCUCUGUAUCCUCUGCUGAGCUGUGUGCUGUUAAUGCUUGCCCUGGAAGUGCCAGUAGCUUCCCGAGUGCUCUUGUGAUGACUGUGGGUAUUUCUGCACAACAACCAGUCCCUCGUUAGAAGUCAAACUUCUGCUGGGCACUAAAUGUUUAAAAGUAGCUGCAUUAGAAAUUAGUCAGGGAGUCAGUUUUCUUGACCACGUAGCUGUCUUCUGUCAUCAUCGUUUCCACUCCUUUUGUAAGUCUUGUUAUGCUGCUAACCUCACAAGUCUCUUUCUCCUGAGAGCAGGAAGGAAUAGGUUUUGAACUGCUGCCACCUAGCUGGUCUUCUGCUGUCAGUAAUUCAGGAGAAAUCGCUAAACCCCAGGUGAGGUAAAACUGACAAGAAUUAGUUGUCUGAAUUCAGCUUAACAGAUGUUGCUUUGCAGCUGUUUACAUGAAUAUCUGCUGGACAGAACAAGGUUGCAGUUGUGCUGCUAACUUCCCAGAGCUUUUUCAGAGCUGAGCUACCCCAAAAUACUGCUUUAGCUACACUGACAGUUUUAGAGCAUUUUGGGUUUUUCUGUCCUCCAGUUCAGUGUGUUUUGUGUUAUAGAUCAUACCUCAGGACUUUCAGCCAUUUACUGUGGAAAUUCUGAAGGAGGGCAGAGCAAUUCAUCUGCCUGUUUGUUUUGUUCAUUCAACUGCAACCUUUUGGUAGCUUUUAGAUAAUCAGAGGUGUGUGAAUGUCUCUCCAAAGGUAAAUCUUGACAGCAUUGCUGUUUCCUUCUGGGACUUAGCUUGUAGUGGAUACAACCUAGUGUUAUUAAGUAGUCAUGUACAUAACAUAUACUUCAGGUUAAUGUUUCAUAUGGAAGAAUGUAUUUGUAAAUUGUAACAACAUCAAUAAGUCUCUUUUAUCUUUGUAAAGUUCUGCGGAGAAUAAAAAUGAUGCAUUGUUAGAACUUGACUGCUGUACUACAAACUCUUGUCUUAAAAGGCUACUUUUGUGUCUAGCAAAAGGUGUGCAUUAUGUGAAAUGCUAACAAGAAAAACAAAAUUACUUAUCUCAUAGGUAGGUUUGGCUAUGAUAGGCCAGAAUUGUAAUACUUGCUGGUAUCUAUUGUAACUUAAUUCCAUGAAAGUUCUCAAAGAUGUAGAAAUUAUUUUCUGCUGUUGGGGGGGAAGACCAAAACAGAAGAAAAACAUAAAGUGGGAUCUACUCUCUUGAGUCAUUAUUGGAAGCCUUGAUUUUGUCAUUAAAUACUUUAACUGUGAUCAAUAGCAAA